CAAAAUGUCAUUGUCAAAUGGUACAAAUGCUAUUUAAAAUAUCAACAAUACAGAAAUGUUGAUAAAUAUCUUUUAUUUAGUUUAGUAUUUAAUAGCAGAUAUAUUGCAUGCUAAUUUACUUGUAUUCAUAUUGCCCCUUAGUCGUAAUAUACUUUGACAUGUUAUGAAACAACCCUAUCGAUGCAAUAGUUUUGGAGGCGUACCGUGUCAGCAAUUAUUAAUUUCGUGAAAAUUCUUCAUACAAACAUGCACGAGGCGUAUGAAGUGUCCCACCUUCUUAAUCUUACGGUCCAAAUAGAAGCUAUUGCAGCAUAUGAUGGCCACCUAAUACUGGGGACCCGGCAGGGCCACCUGAUGAUGUAUUCAUUGUCAACCACUAAUGGGAAUCAGAAAUAUGAGCUCCAACUCUUACAGUACUGUAAGAAUUUUAGCAAAAAACCUAUUCAGCAGAUUGAAGUCAUCCCAGGAGAUAACCUUCUAUUGUGUCUCACUGAUAACAUACUAACGACACAUGAUAUUAAAGGUGUGAAUUUCCCACUUCUGAAAACAUUUUCACAAACAAAAGGGGCAUCCCUAUUUGCUAUUGACAAUAAGUCUCAAACCUCCAUGACCGGUGAAUCAAAUUCCGUGGUCCGUCUUUGCGUCGCCGUGCGAAGGAAGCUGCAAUUGUUUUACGGGAAGAAUAGAGAAUUCAAACAGCAUUUGUUUGACUUCAAUAUUCCUGACGUGCCAAAGGUUUUGGCGUGGGGCCAACAAUAUUUAUGUGUUGGUUUCAAAUCAGAAUAUACAUUGUAUGAUCUCUCAUCAGGGAACCCCAAAGAACUGUUCCCGACCAGCAGCUCUAGGUCCCUAGAGCCCACCAUAGCAAAGUACUCAGAAACUUGCUUCCUGUUGGGUCGUGACCUUACCUCAGUUUUAGUUGAAGAAGCUAAGGAGAUAGAAAUAAGGAACACUGUUAAGUGGCAGUCAGCGCCUAUUGCUCUUGUGUGGGACGAACCGUACCUUCUCGGGCUGAUGCAGGACGACAACGUGGUGGUGCAGACGGUGGAGCCCGCCCUGUUCGUGCAAACACUGCCUGAACUUAACAAAGCGAGACUGAUGUACAGAUGUAACCGAGGCCUGGUGUUUGCUGCCUCGGUAGGGCAAGUGUGGUGUCUAAGCUCCGUGGACAUCAAUAAACAAAUACAGCAGCUCCUCAAAGACAAACAGUUCCAAAUUGCCAUCACCUUGACGAGUUUGAACGACUGCCCAGAGGAAGAUAAACGUCAAAAGAUACACUCCAUUCAAAUGCUCUACGCCCUAGAGCUAUUCGACAACAAGAAAUAUGCUCAGGCUAUGAACGAAUUCGGUAAACUGAACACCGAUCCCGCCGACGUCAUAAAAUUAUUCCCAGAAUUAGACAACAAACCGGGCUCUAGCGGGAAAAAUGGGAAACUAAAAGGGGAAGAUUUAGAAAAUGCAUUGAACGCUUUAGUAAAGUACUUGUUGGAGUUGAGGUCGAGGAAGAGUAGCGCGAGCGAAGCGAGUGGUUCCCAGAACGAGGCGGGACAGAGGAAUGUGCAGCAGCAGUUGGAACUGAUUGAUAUUACGCUUUUGAAGUGUUAUUUGCAGAUCAACGACGCCCUAAUCGCGCCACUCCUGCGCCUGAACAACUGCCGACUAGACGAAGCCGAAAAGAUCCUCUCAGCGCACGGGAAAUACACGGAUCUCGUGAUCCUGUACCAAACUAAGGGCCAGCAUCUGAAGGCUUUGCAGUUAUUGAAGGAGCAGGCCAAGCAGCCGGACUCCAAUUUAAAGGGCUACAAUAUGACCAAGAAGUGCUUGCAGCAACUAGGUGCCGAACACAUAAACCUCAUCUUCGAGUUCUCCGACUGGAUUAUUCGGGACCACCCCGAAGAAGGCUUAAAAAUAUUCAUCGAAGACAAAAUCGAAGUUGAAAACCUGCCUCGACCGAAAGUUCUAGAUUUCUUACUACGGGAACACAAAUCCCUUGUUGUUCCUUAUUUAGAACAUGUGAUACAUACGUGGAACGAUACGAAUAAUCUAUUCCACGAUGCUUUGAUUAAUAUGUAUAGAGAAAAAAUUACGGAUAAGAAGGCUAAUAUUACUGAAGAGGAGCUGCAGCAUACAAAGUCUAAAUUGUUGGCUUUCCUCGAGAAAUCUUCACAUUAUACGCCGGAGAGAGUAAUAUUGCAUUUCCCAUCUGACAGUUUGUUUGAAGAGAGAGCAAUCAUUUUGGAGAAGUUGGGCAGGCAUGAACAGGCCCUUGCUAUUUAUGUACAGAUUUUAGGUGACGUCGAUCGAGCCAUACAGUACUGCGAGAAAACCUGCGACAGCUCCAACGAAAAGAGUCGCGACAUAUACAUCAUGCUACUUCGAAUACUAAUGAACCCUCAACAGAGCAGCGCGCUCACAGGCCCUCUGGCCAACAUACCCAGACACCCAAAAACGUCAGAACCGGACCUUGAGACAGCUCUUAGUAUAUUGGAGAAGCACGCGGACAAGAUAUCUCCUAUCAAGGCGUUGUCCGUGCUUCCCGACUCGGUGCCGCUGGCCAGGUUGAAGUACUUCCUAGAGAGCGCUCUGGACAACCAGCUGACUCUCAAGCGCAGGACGCAAGUACUCAAGGGAUUGCUCUAUGCGGAACAUUUACAGGUCCAAGAGUUAAAACAGUACCACGAGUCAAAAAGCGUGGUAAUCAACGACUACAACGUGUGCCCCGUGUGUAAGAAGCGCUUCGGCAACCAGAGCGCCUUCGUGCGCUACCCUAACGGUGACAUCGUACAUUAUUCAUGUAGGCUAGAUAAGUGAAUCCAUCGAACUACGGUAUAUGUUACAGCAGCCGAUGUCUUCUGCGCGGUUAAAGGCAGGGAUCUCCAUUAAUGGCUAAAAUGUGUGCUCCGUUUGCAAGAAGUGCUUCCGCAACCAAACUGCCUUCGUGCGCUACCCCGGUGACAUCGUGCAUUAUUCAUGUAGACUAGACAAGUGAAUCUUGGAAGUAGUGUAUACGCCAUAGUCAUUAGAUGAUGUAAACUGCUGGAUAUGGGUCCCCCUGCAAAAUCUUUAUUAACGACUGCAAUAUGUGCUCUGUGUCGUGUGUAAAAAUCGCUCCCGCAACCAGACCACCUUCGUGCGCUACCCUAAUGGUGACAUCGUGCACUAUUCUUGUAGGCUAGACUAGUGAUUUCAUAUACGGUAUAUUUCAUUAACAUCAGCCGAACGUCUACUGCUGGUGAUAGGUCCCCAAAAGUAUCUGCUCAACCAACGAUCGCGCGCUGCCCUCGUCCAACGGUAAAAGGAGUUUUUUUUCUCGUACUAAGUGUGCGCUUCGUAAUGUAAUCCUGGUGCUAUAGGGAGCAUGCGUAAACUGUAAAGAGCAGAGCCAACCUUGGGUUCAUUUCUCGAACGGUAUUUGACUAAUAUUAUUAGUCCACAAACUAUCACAUCGUAUGGGUUGCCAUGACAACACACUAAUUUCGUUAGACUAAUAUCGUUUGAGAAAUGGGCCCCCCUUGUCCCGUAGCGAGGCAGUUAUCGAAAAUUUAAUUUUCGGACAUCCACGGUAGGUCCUCCGCUUAGGAGCCCCGUUUAUUAGAGCGAACUGUCAAUGUCAACUUGACAUUGUCAAGUACAAUACCCGCCUUCCACUGCGAGUCAAACGGAUUCCGUACGGGCUUUUCGCAAUGGCUAACUGCAUAGAAGUGCUUCUACUGAACAAGAGUGAGCUGAGAGGACUAAACUAGUUCUAAAGAGGGGAUUCCAUUCUUAGGGAGGGAAAUAAGAGUCACAACACGCCGCGAGCGACCGGAUUGAGUCAGUUAAAUGUCUCACGGUGUUUUACGCUGGUUAUGAACGGACUCCGCUCACAUUUCCCACCUCGCUCGCUCCGCAAAGUUUGUUUCAGUGAAAGGCAAACACACUCUUUCUCAGUGGAAGUGCAUAAGUAUUUUACUCCGGUCCGCUCAGUUCGUUACCUCUGUUUCCGUUCAUAAAGGCAGGAUUCCACCAGUUUGCGGCACUGUGCGGCACAAGUUUUUUGUACUGAAUAUGCUUGUGCCGCACAGUACUCGGAAUCCCGCCAUUACGUACUCUUUUUUGGUGGGAAGAAGGUAGCAGACCUUCCAACACGCACAGUCAUUAUUGUACAUUGCUCAAGUAGACUAGAUAGUAAAUUCAAUAAACGUCAAGCAUGGAUAGUGCAUUUGGCUCUUUUACUAAUUUUAUAUGCUGCCAAUUGUUCGGUAUGGUUAUCGCGUCGUAAAAAUGUUAAAUAUAUUAAUUUCUUCCUGGGCAAAUCACACCACGACACUUGCCUAAUUUUGUUAAUAAAACUGCUUUUUAUCGCGAAUAAAUUUUGUAUUGUGGAAUUUUUAGCUAAUAUCCCUCAAAACUUUUGUUACCACACUCAUAUAAUUAUUACAUACGUACAUAUCCACAUACCGAUGUGCGUAGAAAAUAAACCCGUGAAGGGAAAUCAAAUAAUUACACUACUAUUCUGGGCUCUGUAGGCAACUUUAAUGUCGAAGCCUUUAAGCCUUGUUUUUUAUGUAAACUUAUGAAUGGGUAUUAUAAGGAACAUUCAAAGGAAGAUAUCGUUAUGAAAAAAAAAACCUAUUUUUCGAUAAAACACAUUUCCUUAUAAUUUCCUUGUAAUGCCCUGUUUUUGCAUUCUUUUGUAUAGACUGCUUUAGUAGAAUUAUACCUAUCCUUUGCAUGAGGUAGUUACGAGAAUGUAUUUAGUGCCUCUAUAAUUUUUAUGGCGAGUUUUUGGAAAUACUGCUUUGCAUUAAUUAUCUACCGUUGUUUAUAGGUAUAUUCCGUUGGUCUACCGUCUAACACGUUCACUGUCAGCGACCCGCUAGGCGGGUUCUCUGUUCGCAGGCGCUUUUGGCUACAUACUGGAAAACCUAUGUUAUCAGCUACGCUCGUAGCGCGUAAGCUACCCUCUAGAAAAUCACCGCGCCAUUUUUGCCAACCACCAAUAAGUUGUAGAUCCUAUCCUCCUAAGGGCGAAGACGAAAAAAAGUCCAAAAUUUGCCAGUGAAAUAUAAACCUAUAAUGUAGGAAAUAGAGUUCAUUUUCUUUUGUUUUAAAAUUGAACGAAACAAAACAAAAGCAGCUCUCUUUCAAUUCAACAUGGUUUAAAUUUCGUCGAACUUAGUAAGUAAGUUGGGACCCGUGAGCCUUAGGAGGUUAAAGCAGUAUUUGUAGGAUUUCGUCUUGUAGUCAUGUAGAAAUUAAUUGCUUAAGUUUAAAUUAUUUAGUGAAAAAACUUGGCUGUAUAUUUAUGAAUUUUUAUUUGUUAAUUAUGUAUUAUAAUGUUAAUAUUUAUACCUGUAUAAAUGAUAUAUUAUAGACUAGUAAAAUUUAAUCGGAA